AUGGGGCACAAGAUCAAGAAAUAUAGGACAGAUAAGCCCCUGACAACCGCCCAUAUAGAAGAUCUUUUGUGGCCUCUGAAUGACUGGCCCUCUAGAUCUUCCAGUGAAACAUCCCUUGUUGAUAUAUGGGAGCAGGAGACACCUGUUGAGAAACGGGGAGCUGAUUUACCUCCAAUGAAGUCUUGCAGACCUUCAACACAGAUCAUAGCUGCUGACAUAACUCAGGCUAAGGAGGACAUAAAUGGAAUGUCGGUGCGCUUCCAUGAUGUUGAACUCAACACUGCUGAUCACGAGGUCUGCCUCACUAGUGUUGAACAAGAGCUGCUUAAGCGUGAACAGGCCACUAUUCAGCACCGCAUGACAGCUAUUGAGGACCACAGCCUCCUAAUUCCCUGUGAAUCUAGAACUUUAAAAAAUCACAGAGGCCUCAGAAGUGGCUGGACCCUGCAGACACUGGGGCUGUCUACCAGCAAUGGUGAACAACAGAUGCCAGCACCCCCUCCACAACAGCAAGCUUGGGAUACUGCCAGGGUUCCCACGUUUGUUCCGGCAACCAAUCGGGGGAAAUCCAGCAUCCACUGCUGUGUCUUGUGCACACUCGAGAUAUGCCUAUACCUACAAUAA